CAGCUGUUGUGUUUCUGGAAGGUCGAGAGCUGUGGAUGUUGUCGUAUUAAGGUGUUGUUCCGGUGCCUGGUCAUAGUUCACCACAAUAACUGUAAGAAUGAAGUUUAGCUUUGUCAACAUGUUGGCUGCAAGACUAUCAACACUGGGCAGCAAUUGUGCUAGAGGAAUGUUGAAGUCAUCUGUGGUGGCCCCCAAGAGUCCCUUCACCCCAGUGGUCAGGGGCUACAGGGAAGCUGGUCGGGGAUUCACUCGUCGGUCUCGGUUGCGGGAAAUGGAGGCACAGACUGUCCAGGCAACAAAAUCCGUCACAGGAAAGAUUGGACCGAUGGAGGUUGGACAGAUUGCUGUUGCCGGAGGAGCUGUGCUGGGUAUGGGUGCGCUCUGUUACUAUGGCCUCGGCAUGUCCAAUGAGCCCGGGGCCAUUGAUCGUGUGGUAUUGUGGCCACAAUAUGUUCGCGAUCGCAUCCGAGACACUUACUCAUACUUCGGAGCAUCAUGUGUUGUCGUGGCAGCAUCAGGUGUUGCUGUCUACCGCUCUCAUCUUGGUCAACGCUUCAUCGCUCUCUGCUCCCGACAUCCUAUUAUGUCUACUGUUGGUCUGCUGGUGGGUGCUAUGGGAACUGGAUAUGCCAUGAUGUCUAUCCCAUACUCGCCUGGGCUGGGAGCCAAACAGAUGAUGUGGCUGGUCAACUGUGGUGUGUUAGGCUUAAUUGUGGCCCCCAUUGGUGCCCUUGGUGGUGCCAUAGCCAUCAGGGCAGCUUGGUACACUGCAGGUAUUGUUGGAGGCCUGAGCACGGUGGCAGCUUGUGCACCGAGUGAUAAGUUCCUCAACUGGGCUGGGCCACUUGGUAUUGGUCUUGGGGGCGUGCUCGUGGCAUCGCUCGGCUCAGCCUUCCUGCCUCCCACAUCUGCCCUCGGCCUUUCUCUGUACUCCAUCUCCCUCUAUGGUGGUCUGCUGCUCUUCUCAGCCUUCCUGCUCUAUGAUACCCAGAAGGUGGUGCGCAAAGCUGAAAGUCACCCCAACAUGUACGGGGUUAUGCCUUACGACCCCAUUAACAUGUCUCACCACAUUGUCAUGGACGCCCUCAACAUCUUCAUCCGUAUAGCACAGAUUCUGGGUAUGGUUGGCGGAAGACGAAAAUAAACCUGCGGCAUAAAUGUGUAAGAAAUUGGAUAUUGUAACCUCAGUGUAUAUGUAAGGAUUUUAUAUCAUUCAUUUUGCUACUCUUGUGUCUAUUAAGUAGUAAUAGAUGUGAGAGAUUGAUAGUCACUUGUUUUGUUCUAUUUUUAGUAUCUGUUGAGUUUCAGACAUCAAGUAGCAGGUACUUGUGUGUUCUUUACUACCUGACCGGAAAAUCUAUAUGAAAGUUUCCACCGAUUGCUGUGUAAACACGAGUUGUCAGUCAAAUUGAAGUGAAAAAAUCAACACAAGUAAGGCAUUUACCUGUAGAUGGACACAAGUGGGAGUUGAUACAAACUGAUUUUAUUGUGUUUAUUUAACAUUUUACCUAAAAAAAAAAACUGGGCAAGCAAAGUUCCUCCCAAAUUUGUCAGGGCAAGUAAAGAAAAACUAUCCAGGCAAGUAAAUUGCUUAAGUCACUUGCCUGGGACAAGUAAUAUAAAAAUUAAACAACCCUAUUUUCAACAGACAAUUGGAUAAUGCUAGACACAUUUCACAGCAAAAUACAAAAUAUACCCUGAUAUAUUAUUCACUCAGAAAACAAUACAUUUUCUUAUGUAUAAACUACAGUAUAAAGCCAAGUAAAACUUCUUUAAUGGUUGAAGUUACUAUACAGCAUACGAUGGUUAUUACCCUGAAGAUAAUAAAGUUAUAACCAGGGAAUAAUGGUACUUACAUAUUGCUGUACAAUGGUGAUAAUGUACUUUGCUUGGCACGAGUAAAAAUACAAUAAUCUUUAAAAUUUCAAAAAUACAUUCACUGUUAUUAAGAACAGAAACUAGAUAAGUUAUAUCUGAGCCCCCCCCCCCCAAAGUAGUGGCAAUUAUUAAUUCCUAUUAUUAUACUGUACUAUAAGGAGAACAAGAUACAGUAUUAUACAACAUAUCUGGCACACUUCAACAAUUCACUGAAAAAUUGACCUCCAUCUAGUAGUCGCUAAACAAUAUUUAUAAAAUAUAAGAAUUAUCUAAUAAUUCCGUAUGAACUUGUACCUAAUAGUUAUUGAACAAUGUCAUCUAACGUCUUAACAAGGCAUUUUUUACCCUAGAUGAACACCUCGCUAGUCAGCCAGCGGGUGCCCUAUCACUUCUGGUAGAUGACACAUUAAUUGGCUUUAAGUCCCAGUAAAUAUCUACAAGAACUAAAGUUCAUCAUGCUCCAAGUGUCUAGUGAUGAAAGAGACCAUGUCGUUCAAAGAGCGAUCUCCAUUGUAUUCUCCAAUGUGAUUGGCAUUCUUGUACAGAUACAAAGUUGGAAAUCCAUUUACCUGUGAAAAACAAUAUAUAUAUAUAUUUGUUUGAUAUCCCUUAUCCAAAAUGCUCUGAAAUCCAAGUCUAUUUCAUUAUAUUUAUGGUAGAUAAUACACUUAAUAUGGCAUAUAUCAUAAUUUUUAUUAUUAUGGUAAAUAUGUAUGUGUAAUGAAUAAAGGUAAGACACAGGCUGCUUAGCACCUCGUAGUCAUGGCAAUGCCAAGCAGACAACAGUGAUUGCUUACGUUUCUGGGUCUUUAAUGUACAUCUUAUCACAUACUUUAUACCGAAAAUGGUCAAAUUAUGUUUCAUAAAGCUACCUGCAGAAUAUAUGUAUCCAUAUGCUGUAAAUAAAAAAUAAAUGAAUUUUAUGCAUAGACUUGGGGCCCCAAACCUGCUGGGUGAGCCACCGGAUUAUAUAGGUAUUCUAAAAUUCAGGGUCACAAAUUUGCAAACAUCUAAAAAAUAUAGCUGAAAACUUGACAUUUUGGUAAGACUCAAGGUGACUUGAAAAAAAAAAUUAAUGAAAUUCUACCUGUGUAGGCUUUCAGCACACUUUAAAUUUAUAGUUGUGACCAUUUUUCAUGAUGAUCAUAUCAAGAAAUGGAAGGGAUCCAAUAAUUUCUUUUUCAAUUUUGCAGGUAAUACUAGACAAGAUCAUUAAGCAUGUUCCAAAAUUACAGUGGGCCCCUGUUUCUAGGCCACAGACAAAGAACAUCAUCUACAGGUACAUACCUAUACCAUGGAGGAAUGAAAUCAUCUAUGUUGGGUAGCAAUCUAGCUUUAAAACCUCCAUAUAAUUACCCUUGCUCAUGCUAAAUAUUUAUUUGUAAAACUUUCCACUUGUCCUAAAAACAUUGUCAGUAAUGCAUAACACUCGGUUUGAGAAAAUGUAACAGAUGCAAUUUAUCUUUAAGGAAUGAAAGAAGGUCAUUAAUGCAGUGGUACUCUCUUGAAAAUUGAAUUUACAUCAAAACUUAUUAAUUCACAUGGUUCAUUGUGUUUAUCAAUUAAAUCACUGCUGUUGUGUAUAUGUAGGUGGAUUAGAUAUCUGGCCUGUAAGAGGGGAUAAAUGUCUUGAAUAAAGACAAAAGCUAAAAUG